CGGUUCACAGUUUUGCGGGAACCAUUUGUUGACAAAACCAGGCAGACAUAAAAUUAGGUUAAAUCAUUAAAUGUCACUGGUUAACCGAACCGACGUUGCGCUGGAUUGUUUGCUACCAAAAGAAAUAAUUGGCUUCGUUACUAAAUUGAGUAUCCAACCCAGCCAAAAUGGGAACCUUGGAUGCGCCGGCUUACAAAGUGGAGAUAAGAGAUCUGCGAGUUGCCCAGGCAGGCGAGGAGGAAGGAAGCUGGGGGUUGACCCUCCACUCAGAUGACCUCGCAAUUGGGCCCGCACUGUUGGAGUCGUCACUCGCCACCGUCCUCAGCUCUCCGCAGACGCCUCGGACCAUCCACCCCCCGCAACAACUGCACGUCGACCUCUCCCUGGUCUGGGUCCAAGGCGUCGUCAUGGGAGUGCAAAACUCUUCCUCCCUCCGCAUCUCCGACGGCACAGGAGAAGCCGUCGUCCAUGAUUUUAACACACUGCCCGGUGGCAACCAUUCUGGCAUCGUCAAUGGGUCCUAUGUUGGCGUCAUGGGGCAACUAUUGUCCAACAAACCGUGCAUUGUCAUUAAAGGGUCAAAAAUUAUGUACCUGGGAAACAACCCAACUCUGAAAUCCAUGUGGUCGAGUGAAAUCGUGGCGGACAGGGCGUAUUUGUUGGGGAUGAUUCUACCGGAAGUUGGGGCUGAGUAAAUAUGCAUGCUCAUCUCAUCUAUUCAAAGAUUGUAUUUUUAUUAUUGUUCCAACAAAAUCCACAACUUAUAUCCUCAUACAUAAUUCAUAUUCUAAGUAUAUUUAUACGAGUAUUAUUUUCUUAUUCUUAACAUCGGAGUUAAAUAACUGUUAUUAUAAUAUUAUAGUAACGUAUCUGGAGGUGUGUUUUAUAAGGUCAAGUCUACGGACUAGAAUCAUUAAAAUGCUGUCAUGCAGUGCAAUCGUA